AACACUUGCGAAAGAGAAACUAACUAGCAGCUUCAAGAACCUUCUUCCAUUGCUAUAAAAUCCAAAGCUCCUCCCUCAAACAGAACGCUUAAACAGCGAGAGACAGAGAAAUCAUAUCAUAUUGGCAGCGAAACAUGUCGGAAAACAUGGAGAAGGAUCACAAUCGGCGAGUUGGAGUAGCCAUGGAUUACUCUGCAACAAGCAAAUCAGCUUUAAAAUGGGCUGCUCAUAACCUUCUUACCCAUGGAGAUCAAUUGAUUUUGAUCCAUGUUGAGCCUCCCAAUUCUGAUACUCCCAGAAAGCUCCUCUUUCAAGACACUGGCUCACCUUUGAUUCCUCUUGAGGAAUUCAGAGAGAUUAAGUUGGAGAAGCAGUAUGGACUGAGAAAUGAUGCAGAAGUUCUUGAUGUUCUUGACUCAUUAGCUACAUCCAAAGGGGUCAGAGUUGUGGCUAAGGUUUAUUGGGGCGAUCCAAGGGAGAAAUUGUGUGAGGCUGUGGAGGAUCUUAAGCUUGAUUCGCUUGUUCUUGGAAGCAGGGGUUUAGGCUCUAUCAAGAGGGUAUUGAUUGGGAGUGUGAGCAGCUACGUUGUGAAGAAUGCUUCAUGUCCUGUUACUGUGGUGAAGGGGAGGCCAUUGCCAUUGCCAAACUCCAAGCCUUGAUUCUUACAUCUAUUUUGCCUAUUGUAUAUUUAGACACGUUUUUGUUAUUUCUAAUAAUAUGGUUCAAUGUUUCUUUCAAAAUACUUCUUUGUUUACCUGUAACAGUUCAAGUUUAUCGUCAGUAGA